GCAGCCAGUGCGUGUGCGUAUGGUUAUUCAACGACGUUUAGCUAUUGUGAAUAUUUGCUUCGAUACUCAGUCUUUUAAAAGUUGUAUGUUGUAGUCUGUGUCGAUUUUCAAGAGGAUUCGACGGCGAGUUGGGAAACAGGACUCUAAUAGGUACUUGUGUUCUCAAUAAGGCACUCAGAGCGUCCUUUCAAACGUACCCCGUAUUGCAUUUACAUCUCAAAAAAACCCACUCAGUUCAGCCUCCCGCAAGUUAUUGUGGUCCGCGCUGUGUGAAGUCAUGAUACUAGAUUUUACGGAGCUAAGCAUGUGCCGUUCGGAUAAAAUGCGGUGUCGCUGGGUCCUCUUCUGCUGGCUGUUAUUUACCAGUACCACUGCCUGGGAUUUGUACGCAGAGGAAACGCAGGACUUGCACUCGGAUCUCAAUGACCCAGUGUUUCAGGUUUUCGGAAAGCAAAAGAAGGACAUGCAACACGAGAUUCUGUCGCUAUUGGGUCUCCAACAUAGACCGAGGCCACGGGCACAAGCAACGCACAAUUCGGCUCCUAAGUUCAUGAUCGAUUUGUAUCGAACAAUUUCCACGGAAAAUAACGAAACACUGGAGGAUAUUCCGAGUCAUGCAUUACUCCACGAUCUAACACACAACUACACGCUUCAGGAGGUGAACGCUAUUAACAACGCCGAUGUUGUCAUGAGUUUUCCACUACAUCAGAAGAAACAUCACAAAUCACCUCGAGUCAAUGUACAACGGUAUGAAUUUGACGUAAGUGACGUGUCAUUGGAAGAUACUGUGACGUCAGCCGAGUUGAGAAUGUAUAAAACAUCAUUGGAUCCAGAAAGCAGUUACAAAAUACACGUGUAUCAAGUUCUUACCGGAAAAGCAAAAGAGACAGUUUUACUUGACCAAAGGACGAUAUUUGGCUAUGAGCAAGGGUGGUUAGUGUUUGACGUCACGCAUGCUGUAGAUGUGUGGGAUUUAUUGGAAAAAGAUAAACUGAAAAUCCACGUCGAAAUAGAGACAUCAGAAGGAGAGGCCGUGGAUAUCAAAGAUGUCGGCAUUUUAGGAGAAGACGAAGCCGAUGAAAAACAACCUUUCGUGGUAGCAUUUUUCAAGACGUCAGAAGAGGCACACUCGAGACGGAGGCGAGGAGCAGGGUCGAAGAAAAGAAAUCGAAAUCGAGAUAGAAACAAGAAACCCGACAAUUACGAUGACGACGAAGAUAACAAGAGUCGCCGCGAUAGAAGUUGUAAAAAACGAUCACUGGUUGUCAGCUUCAGGGAGCUAGGUUGGCAGGACUGGAUUAUUGCUCCAGAUGGCUAUUCCGCUUUUUACUGCAAUGGGGAAUGUUCAUUUCCCUUGAAUGCACAUAUGAAUGCAACAAAUCAUGCUAUAGUCCAGACCCUGGUUCAUCUCAUGGAUCCGGAAGCAGUUCCCAAGCCUUGUUGUGCACCCACCAAGUUAAACGCCAUCUCGGUACUCUAUUUCGAUGACAGUUCUAACGUCAUACUGAAAAAAUACCGUAACAUGAUAGUCAAAUCGUGCGGUUGUCACUGAAUAUUUUUUAUUCACGCCUUAAUGCGUGAAUGUUUCUUCUUCACAAAAUUAAUAAUUGGUCGGUUUCUCGGAAAGCAGUUUGCAUACUGUGAACAAAAAAUACAGCGGCUUUUCACUUGUGUCACAAAAGGCAGAAUUGACGGGAAACUCUCAGAUCAGACGACAGCUUGCCAAGUGAUGAAGCCUAUAUUUUUAUUGUUCACCUUUAAUGUGAAUCGGCUAAUUUUUUUCUUUACUCGAAAAGUAUCAUGGGACAUCUUAUUAUCCAUGAUGAAGUUGAAGUUUGAACAUUUCGUCUGUGUUUUUUUUUCUGAUAUGUUAUUUUCUCGGACGAUUGACCUCAUUUAUAUGCUUUGUAUAUUUUAGUUUAAUCGUUUUUAAAAAACUAAGUAUACAAGGAGAUCCGCCCGGCAGGUAAUGCUAUAUUUUUUAUGUUACAGCAGUUCG